AUGCUGCUGCGCAGCACCGGCGCGGCCGGCACGUGGAGGUCGACGUACCGCGCCAGCCCGGCCGCUGCGGUGCACACCCGGUGGCUCUCGUCGCCCCCCCCCGGAGCGCACCACAAGGGCGGCCGCGGCGGGUACAUCCAGUGUGUUGGGCGCCCCGGACUCGCGCGCUGCAGCACGUGUAAAUGGCGCAUUCAAGCCGAGCCCGACGCCAAGGAGCUGCAGCCGGAGGCGCAGGGCGCCCCGCUCAGCGCCUCUGCGGCGGCGAUUCUGGCUGCCGCCCAAGCGCCGAGCACCUCCGCCGGCCCUUCCCUGCGCGACCCUGCGCUUGCGAAGCAGGACGUGCGCGAUCCGCUGACCGCAUUCGACUGGGCUGGCGAGGACAGGGCGCUGCUCGCGGGGAGCGAGCCGGGGCGGGCGCCGCUGCGCGUUGCUGUGCUGCUCUCUGGGGGCGUCGACAGCUCCGCGGCCCUGACGUUGGCGCGGGCCGCCGGGCACCACGUGGAAGCCUUCUAUUUGAAGAUCUGGUUUCAGGAGGAUUUCCGCAAUUUCUGGGACGCGUGUCCAUGGGAGGAGGAUCUAGAGUACUGCAGUGCUGUGUGCGACGCUGCCGGGGUGCCGCUGCACGUCGUUCCGCUCUCCAACGAGUACUGGGACCGCGUCGUCGAGCACUCCAUCCAGGAGGUGGCGAGCGGGCGCACCCCGAACCCGGACGUCCUGUGCAACUCGCGCGUCAAGUUCGGGGCGUUCUUCGAGUACCUCGAGCAGCACCACGGGCAGGACUUUGACCGCGUUGCGUCCGGGCACUACGCCGCGCUGCAGCGGCCCGAGGGGUCCGCCGCGGGGCCCGUGCGGCUGGCCAUGACCCCCGACGACGUCAAGGACCAGACGUACUUCCUCGCGGGGCUGACUCAGGCCCAGCUGGCGCGGUGCAUGUUCCCCCUGGGGCCCCUGACCAAGACGCAGGUGCGGGAGAUCGCCGCGCGCGGGGGGCUCCCCAACCAGGACCGGAAGGACUCGCAGGGCAUCUGCUUCCUCGGCAAGGUGCGCUUCAGCGAGUUCGUGAAGGAGCACCUCGGGGAGUGGCCUGGUCCGCUGGUGGACGACGACACGGGCGACGUGGUGGGGUACCAUGAGGGGUUUUGGUUCUACACCAUCGGGCAGCGGAAGGGCAUUCGGCUGCCGGGUGGGCCGUGGUACGUGACGCGCAAGGACCCGGACCGCAACGCCGUGUGGGUGUCGCGGCACUACUACGAGGGCGGGGGGGGUUCGCGGGACAGCACGCUGGUGGGGUCUCUCAAGUGGAACACCCCCGGGCGGCCGGACUUCACGAAAAGGACGGAGGUGAAGGUGCGUCACGGCCCCGCGAAGUACGAGUGCGAGGUGGAGGAGCUGGACGGCGGGCGGACGCUGGCCCUGCGUCUGCCGAAGGACGACCAGGGCCUGGCAGCUGGACAGUACGCCGUGUUCUACCAGGGGGGGGUGUGCCUCGGAGGCGGGAUCAUGAUGGGCCACGCGCCGGACGAAGACGAAGCGGACAGUGACGAGGACAGUGACGAGGGCGUGAUGGGCAGCGGGGACGUGGAGGCGCAGGCGCUGCCAGCGUAG